AUGGAUAUGAAUAACAGCCAUGGCGACCAUGACUUUGCCAGUAUCACGGAUCUGUGGUGGGCUGGUGUUCGUUUAUGGUACAAUGAACAAGAUUUGCUGCAAGCCAUGCAACUAUGGGAACAAGCUCUUAUUGAAGUGGCGGCAUUGGAAGAAACCAAGACCACAGCGAGAGUGUUAGUGCCAGAAAAGCUGGCAGUGGCAUCUCCUGCCGUAUCCUACCUGGCUCCUCUUCUUUUAUUUUUGGCGGGAUGCCAUCUCGAUGCUGGUGACACGCACAAAGCCCAACGGUUGUGUAUGAGUUGUCUCGCCACCAAUCUCUUUCGGGAUCAUUUAUUACUACUAAAAACUGGUAGCAGCGACAACAAUAAUUUUUCACAUGGAGUACUGUCCGAGUACGAGGCAGCCUUUCAGGAAGACCAUACGAUUGAUGAACCAUGGAACAUGGCACAUCAAGUGGUACAGUGGGUUAUUGAACAGAAACAAAAACAACACGAGCAACAACCAGAAUCCUUUAUUCAGACACCAGAAACAGCUGCAAUACAUGUAGC